CGCACGCGCGCGCCAGGCAGCGCCGCGACGCGUGGCGCCCUCCCUGAACGACCGGAGCAGGCGGAGGUCUUUUACCCCGUUAGCGCUCAGGGGCGAAACACGCAUCGACAGCGGCGGCCGCGACACAAGUGAGCGCUGCGCGAUGACGCCGGCCGCGAAGAAGGGCAAGUACGACGCCAAGUUCAAGCUGCAGGUGAUAGAGUACGCCGAGCGCUACAGCAACCGCGCGGCGGGAACCAAGUUCGGCCUCAACGAAUCCACCAUCCGCGGCUGGCGCAAGGCGAAGAAGGCGGCCACCACACCGCCGGCCACGCCGCGCGGUCAUGCGACGACGACGACCGCCCUGGGAUGGCAGCCUCAGCACCAGGCCCCUCCGGUGACCCCGUAUUGCGUCCCGAGACCCCCCGGAGAGCGUGCCGAGCCGUGGCCGCGCGAACCCUGGUGCGGAGGCGAGCCCGCACGUGCGCUGGCAGCCGCCGACGCGAACACGCACUACCGGAAGUGUCCGGCGCGCGAGCCGCAGGCCGGCGAACCGCCGUCUCCGGCGCGGGCCUCGGCGGCACCACCAGCGUUCCUGCCCUGCGACUACCCGCAAGGCUUCGCGCCCCUCGUGCCUCAUCCGCCGCUGCAGCCAGCCCCGGCGAAGCGCGUCCUGCUGAGCGGCGGCGACUACGGCAACGGCUUUCCCGAGGUGUCCGUGCCGUUCACGGUGAUAGCCGAAAAGGCCCUGCGCGCGAUCUGCGACCGUCGCGGGCCGGCUGCACCGAGCACCGCGUGCGCCUCGAACAACCGCGAGGUGUUCGCCAGCUUCCUGGGACUGACGCCCAACAGACUGGUGGACAACGUGACGUGACCGGCGGCCAAGGCCGCGGCGGCAGCUCCGGUCGGGGCGGCGGGCCCGGAGCAACCGCGCACGCGGUCCCGUCACCAGUAGUCAACGCCGCCCGUUUUUUCGGCUCCCUCCUCGCGAGGACAGCGAAGGAGGCCCGGGGUCGCCAACCGGACCACGUUUCCUGCGCCGACCCGAAAAAUUUGUCCCCGCGGGAGGGAAGCACGCCUGAUCACGUCCUCCGAGAGACAGGCCUCGCGCGCGCGAACACACGCGUUUCUUCGGAAACGUGCUCCUCUACUUAGCUCAGUGCAAUAUUUGAUGUUAUUUCCGACGUUGGCGAUGCGGCGCCUUCGCGCGAGCACUUCGUUAUGCAAAGCUCUCCUGCCUUACUCUUAAUAAUAUUAAUAAAAAAAAAUGGCCCCUGCCCUCCAGACUUGCCAUGCCGAAAGCGCGAUUGCUUUUCUUUUUAUUUUUGUGUGUAACAUGGCGCGCGAACGGUUUCGCAUUUGGCGAAACUAAUAAUAAUAAAAAAGAACUCUGAGCUCCUUCAAACGCGCACACGUUUGCCUGUGCAAUCAGUGCCACUUUACUGCACCUAAUUACUUUGCUUCUUUUUUUGUCGCAUAAUCGAUGCACAAUACUGCGAUAUCUGUUUGUGUACUUGCUUUUCUUCCCUUAGAAGAAUUAAGGUGUGAGUGUGUGUAUAUAUAAAUGGAUUUAUCAGAACAGUGAUACAAGAGUUUUCAUAUAGAGCUAUGGCUUAUAACGACAAGGCAUUACCUGGCUGUGCUUGAUGGAUGCCCGUUAUUUUUUACUGGCUCGCUGAGGUGCCGAGCGAAGUGCUUACUUAAGGUGACUGAAGCAAGGUGACCUUAAUGUGUUGGCCACACAAGUGUGAUGUUUGCCUUCAUGUUGCACCCUGUCAACUGUGUGCUUUAAAGAGCUCCAUGGAAGCUAGCCGCCACUGCUGUGAGAAACGAAGGUAAUAAUGAUGCCUCUGUCUGCUCAACGAAUAGUCCCUGGUGAAAGACGCUUGUGUUUCACCACAGUGUCAAGUAGGCGAGUUCCCUAAGAGCUGUCUUUUCUACAAGACAGUCCACAUUCCAGUCUCCAGCCGUCCUGUAUUUGUAGGUGCAUAACGUACUGCUCAAAGUUGCCCAACUGUCUCUCCUGCCGAGACUGUUUUGUUUGUCGGCCAAAGCUGUUAACCCUGUGCCUGGACAAGUGCUCUGUAUUGAUUGCGAGAACAACCUGGAUGCAAUUAAAGGAUGACAUCUUUUUUUUUUCCUGGA